AUGAAUGGAAUGGGCAUCGGAGGCAUGGUUGGCUAUCCAACUCCUGCAGGCCAUCAAUCCGAUCUCAAUUAUGUCAUGUCUAUGGUCGAGGAGUUGUCUGCUGUCUUGCGCAAGAAUGAGGAGCUUACGAACAAUGUGGUCGAAAAGAUGGGUAGGGUUCGCGAGAAGGCAUCGAACUUGAACUUGAGCAACGAUGAAUUGAUUGCUGUCGUGGCCUCCGAGCUCAAUGAGGACUCGAAGAACCUUGAGAAGGAGAAUUCCGACCUUCGCAAGGCCCUCGAGAAGUCCGAGUACGAUUCCAAGGAGAACUUCCAGCUUGCCGUCCACGGAGCCAACAUCCUACUCGACAUCACCGAGAAGAUGCAUCGAUUCAAGGAGCAGCACGAGUCGGAUACCCUUGCUUGGCACAAGAACUACCGCAAGCAAUUGGCCGCUGAGCGUGAGGAGAACCUCGACCUUCGCAACCAAAUCAAUGACAUGCGUGCUGCUGCUUGCCGUGCUAAUGAGCAUCUCCGUCAAAUGCGCCGCUUCGUCACCGACAACGACGAGUUGCACGAGCUCCGAGUCCAAAACCAUCAAUACCGCACCGAGCGCCGAUUCUGGAAGCGUCUUGCUCUGCCCCUUAUCCCCGACGAUGAUUCCGAGUGGUCUGACGACGACGACUUGAUCGAUCCCGAGGAGAAGAAGCGUCUCAAUGCUCUCAAGGCUGAGAAGGAGCGCAAGGACACGGAGGAUGGUGAGGGUGGCGAGGUUACUGCUGCUUAA